AUGUAUUAUCUGGUGGCGGCCGAAAGAGCAGAUGAAAAAGUUCGUCGAGUACGUGCAACAAUUACUGUCGAGCAUAUGCGUAUAUCUUGGAACAAAUCUACAACUCCAUAUCUCAAAGCACUUACGAACUUCCUUCAUCCAAGCCCUAAUAAGUUUGGGCCUCGUCACAUCCGCAUUUCCCGUCCUAAAGAAUCGGUAUAUCGUACACCUGUCGACGCCUGGAUAUAUUUUGAAGGAACCCGAGAGGAACUCCAAGCAUGCAAGAAGAUAAUUCUUGAUUUUCCCGGCGGAGGCUUCGUCUCAAUGUCACCUCGACAUUAUGAUGAUUCUCUUCUCUAUUGGGCUAGAAAGUGCCCUGGGAUUCCUGUUAUUGCCGUGGACUAUAAACUCGCUCCAGAAUUUCCAUAUCCAUACGCCCUCAACGAGUGUUAUGAUGUUUAUCAUAGUAUCGUCUACACACAGGGAGGGAAUUAUGCGGCUGGGGUUACUCUAAUGAUCCUCAAUUCUACUAGUACUAGUUCUACAGGUCAUUUGAUGGAAGAGGGUUGGCAAGGCCUCCCGUUACCGGAUGGUCUAGUUUUAAUUUACCCAUCCCUGGAUCUGAGCAUCAGUUCCUGGAUGAGUGAUGACCAGAUGAAACUAGUUCGCCAAAAGGGUAUGAGGAGAACAAACAAGAAUGUCGUAAAAAGAAAAAGCGAAUAUUUUGAGAAGGCCAGCGGCAUUGAACCAGAGGUAAAGGGGAGGGACGACGACAUCGAUGAGGAUGAGGAAAGCGAUACCGAACCAUCCAUAGGAAAUGAGACUGUGAUCCCGAGAGUGGACUUGGAUAAAAAGCUCGACGAUAGUAAAGUUACCACUACUAUUACUAGCAAACCAAAGCCACUUUCAACAAGACUUGCAAUGGCAUCCCGGCUCUCAUACUUCAAUGACCGUAUCCUCACUCCGGAGAUGAUGCGCGCGAUGGUAAUUCUCUACAUUGGCCCCCAUAACCGUCCUGACUUCACCACCGACUUUCUUCUCUCUCCAAUCGUCGCCCCCGAGAGCUUGUUAGCACGGUUUCCUAAGACCUUCUUCCUCACGGGAGAACGAGAUCCCUUAGUUGACGACACCGUCAUUUUUGCUGGCAGAAUCAGACAAGCCAAACAAGACGUCUGGCGCCAUCGGCGAGACAUGGGGCUGGAGCACCGGUACAGCUUGUCAGAUGAUGGGGUGGAAGUUAGUUUGAUUCCCGGGAUCAGUCAUGGAUUCUUACAGAUGGGAGCACUGUAUCCCGAGGCAGCCCGGGAGAUCAGUAAGUGUGCCGCAUGGCUCAGAGAAAUAUUGGAAGAUAAGCCUGAAGACGGUGAAAAGUUGGGAAAUGGUACCUGGAGAAAUCACGAAAGAAGCUUUACAGGAGGAAGUAUGACAAGUGGGGAUGAGGACAAGCCUUUAGAAAUGGCACUUCUUCCCGGAAGAGGCAGAGCCAAGACCAAUGGGGUAAGCAGGGGAAGAGGGCGUGGUAGAAAAGGUAGUAAUGGUAGCCUGGGUAGUGAGAUUGACUUGGUGGGUAGGAGAAUGCAAGGUCUAGCAGGCCCAUUAACUGCGAGGAUCGACGAUGAUGAUGAUGAAGGGGACGAACUGAUGUAUUAG